AUGGGGUUCCGAACAGGUUUCGUUCUAAGCGCCGUAGCUUUCCAAUUUGGAGUCAUCUACAUGGCAUCCAUCUACGACUUUCCCCUCUUGUACGGCAGCAGUCUCUCCUCCACAGAAGGUCUCGAAGCAGCCGACCGAGCGGAAUUCUUCUACUUGGGCCUUUUCAAAGCUCCCGCGGCCGUGCCUGCUCUGCUACACGGAAUGAUUGGGUUGGGAAUUGUUGGACUUUUGGCCAAGCUGCAUCGAUGGACGGAAAUUGCCAAAUGGUUCGAUGGUGCUGCCAUCGGUUAGUGUAGCGAAGUAAAUUUCACUGUCACGCGCUGGUUGCUUUAAUGACGAGAUUGUUGCUGCCCCCCAUUGCGCAGUCCUGUACGUCGGUGCUCUGUCCAUGUACCUGACCGUCUCGAUGCCAACGAUCAGACUACUGGCAGAUCCCAACAACGAAGCUCUCCUUGCUCGCUCCUCGCUGGCUACCCAAAGGAGUACUUUGGCUGCAAGAGCAGAAGCUGGUCAGCUCGACGCAACGUUGGUCCCAUCUGGUCCCUUGACCGCAUCGGAGAGGGUGGAUGCGCUCAGAAUCAUAGGCGCUACGAACACCAUCAUCAUCGUGCUGCUGGCGGGGGUGUUGCUGAUGCAGGGUACGGAGUGGUGGUUGGAGAGAGCGGAGAGGCUGGAGAAGAAGGCUAUCAGGGACAAGGAGAUGAGCGAGUUGAAGUUGAGCAAGGCGGGCAAGGACCAGUGA